AUGAGAGAGAAAGAGAGAGAGAGAAACAGGUCCUUAUAUUCUUUGGAUUCUCCUGGCGAGCCCUUGGAUUUUCCGAUCACUUCCUCUUUCGCCCAUGGAAUCCAUGUCUUCCAAUGUCCUGAUGCCGUGGGAAUCGUUGCUAAGCUAUCGGAGUGUAUAGCUUCCAGAGGGGGAAACAUAUUAACCGCAGAUAUUUUUGUACCUGAAAACAAGAACGUCUUCUAUUCCAGAAGUCAGUUUCUUUUUGAUCCUUCUAAAUGGCCGAGGAUAGAAAUGGAUGAAGACUUCCGUAAGAUCUCGAAAAUGUUUAAUGCUUGGAAAUCUGUUGUCCGUGUACCAAAUCUUGACCCCAAAUAUAAAAUUGCAAUUCUUGCUUCUAAACAGGAUCAUUGUCUGGUUGACUUAUUACAUCAAUGGCAAGGAGGGAAACUUCCAGUGGAAAUAACUUGUGUUGUAAGUAAUCAUGAUAGGGCCCCCAACACCCAUGUGAUGCGCUUUCUUGAAAGGCACGGUAUUGCCUAUCAUUAUUUGCACACAUACGAUGAUAAUAAAAGAGAAGGAGAGAUAUUGGAAUUGGUGAAGAAUACUGAUGUUUUAGUACUUGCCAGGUACAUGCAGGUAUUAUCUGGUAAUUUCUUGAGAAGCUAUGGGAAUGAUGUAAUUAACAUCCAUCAUGGUCUUCUGCCUUCAUUCAAGGGCAGUAAUCCUUCAAAACAGGCUUUUAAUGCUGGUGUGAAGUUAAUUGGUGCUACGACCCAUUUUGUGACUGAAGAACUUGAUGCAGGACCAAUCAUUGAACAGAUGGUUGAGAGGGUUUCCCACAAAGAUAAUUUGCAGAGUUUUGUACAGAAGUCAGAGAACCUAGAAAAACAAUGCCUAACAAGGGCAAUUAAAUCAUACUGUGAACUGCGCGUUUUGCCAUACGAGGAAAGCAGGACCGUUGUUUUUUAAGGGGAAAAGGAUGCGCCCAUUUAAAGUAUGUGAAAUCUUCUUCCACUCUUUUGGUUUUUCAAUCAACAUACUAUUGUUGGUAUAAUUUAUGCACUGAAUUCAAUUCAUUGAGUAUACAACCUAUACCUCUACGGCUCUACCUGGAUUUGUUUCCAACUAAAUUGCCAGUUAUAAAUAAAUGAAUAGAUUUCUUUAACUCCAUUUUCGCGACUCAGGAGAUUUGAUGGGUGUUGAAUAGCUGAAAUGUUCCAUAUUUUCUUGUCUAUUAUUUUGAAUGUUUGCUGAGAGAGCAUUUCGGGGUUGUGUGAGUUCUUAACUUGAGAUACUAUUGUACUCUUACGUUCCAUGACUUCCCAAUAGAAAACAUGUCUAACUGUCAAA